AUGAAGGCAAGUAAAUCCAUUCAGAGAGAUAACUACUUCAGAAACAGAUCACAGCUCUUUGUACACCAAAGAAUACACAGAGUCGAGAAACCUUUUGAAUGCUCAGAGUGUGGAAAGAGAUUCAAUACCAGUGACCAUCUUCAAGUACACCGGAGAACCCACACAGGGGAGAAACCUUUUGAAUGCUCAGAGUGUGGAAAGAGAUUCAAUACCAGUGACCAUCUUCAAGUACACCGGAGAACCCACACAGGGGAGAAACCUUUUGAAUGCUCAGAGUGUGGAAAGAGAUUCAAUACCAGUGACCAUCUUCAAGUACACCGGAGAACCCACACAGGGGAGAAACCUUUUGAAUGCUCAGAGUGUGGAAAGAGAUUCAAUACCAGUGACCAUCUUCAAGUACACCGGAGAACCCACACAGGGGAGAAACCUUUUGAAUGCUCAGAGUGUGGAAAGAGAUACAGUCAGAGUAGCAGUCUUCAGAAGCAUCGAAGAACCCACACGGGGGAGAAACCUUUUGAAUGCUCAGUAUGUGGAAAGAAAUUCAGUCAGAGUGGAACUCUUCAACAGCAUCAGAGAACCCACACAGGGGAAAAACCUUUUGAAUGCUCCGAGUGUGGAAAGAGAUUCAGUCGGACCGGCACUCUUCAGCAGCAUCAGAGAACGCACACAGGGGAGAAACGUUUUGAAUGUUCAGUAUGUGGAAAGCGUUUCAGUUUGAGUGGCCACUUUCAACAGCAUCAGAGAACUCACACAGGGGAGAAACCUUUUGAAUGCUCAGAGUGUGGAAAGAGAUUCAGUCAAAGUGGCAAUCUUCAACUGCAUCGAAGAACCCACACAGGGGAGAAACCAUUUGAAUGCUCAGAAUGUGGAAAGAGAUUCAGUCAUAGUGGCUGCCUUCAAGAGCAUCUAAGAACCCACACAGGGGAGAAACCUUUGCAGUGCUCAGUGUGUGGAAAGAGAUUCAGUCAAAGUGGCACUCUACAGAAUCACGAAAGAUCCCACACAGGGGAGAAACCUUUGCAGUGCUCAGUGUGUGGAAAGAGAUUCAGUCAAAGUGGCACUCUACAGAAUCACGAAAGAUCCCACACAGGGGAGAAACCUUUGCAGUGCUCAGUGUGUGGAAAGAGAUUCAGUCAAAGUGGCACUCUACAGAAUCACGAAAGAUCCCACACAGGGGAGAAACCUUUGCAGUGCUCAGUGUGUGGAAAGAGAUUCAGUGUGAGUGGCAAUCUUCUACAGCAUCAGAGAACCCACGCAGGGGAGAAACCUUUUGAGUGCUCAAAGCGUGGAAAGAGAGUUACACUCUUCUACUGCAAUGAGGAACCCACACAAGGAGAAACAAUGUAA